GAGGUCUCCUUACAUUACCGGUAAGUCUCCAUUGCAUGAGUACCAUGCUGAAUUCUUAAAACUUUGGCUUAUUUAUUUUUUUAAUUUUUAAGCCAUUAGCCCAUCCAUUUUUUUUUAUUGAAGUGUUGUUCUGAUUCUUUCGGCGUUUGCGAUUGCUGUGAUGGUGACUUGGCUGCUUCCCACCAGCCAUUAUGAUUUUUAGUCACGACAUCUGAUUAUGGACUCUCUGACUGCGUAGGGUGGACGGACGCAAGCAAUCAGUUGGGCUUUUACGGCGGACGCAAACAAUCAGUUGGGCUUUUGGUGGUCGGGAAGAAAUGGUGGCGCCGAACGAGACGCGGCCGCUGCUGCUCCAGCAGGACGACACCUUCGUGGCCGUCGCCGAGUGCCACGAACUGAAGCCCAGUGAGCCGGAACCUAAUGCGACGGAGGAACUGCAGACGCUGCUGGCUCUUGUCUAUCCCGUCGUAGGCACGACGGCGCUCGAGUUCCUGCCAGGACUCACGUGUAUUGUUCUAGCGGGACACAUGGACUCGCCGUACACACAGCAAUACGUAGACGCCGCCACACUCUCGACCAUGUUAUUGAACCUGACGAACUAUUCGAUAUGUUUCGGCCUCUCGUCGGCGUUGGACACCUUGUGUUCUCAAGCGUAUGGGGCCAAGCGAUAUGAAAAAAUUGGCGUCUACUUCCAAGCGGGUUUGCUAGUACUAGCAGCCGUCUUCGGGCCUAUUUUCCUGUUGAAUUGGUACACAGAGAGCGUCAUGGUUUUCUUGGGGCAGGACGAGGAGAUCUCCAAACUCGCGCAGACUUUCUCGAGGUGGAUGUUGCUGGGAAUGCCGUUCAUUGUAUUAUACGAACUUGUACGUAAGGUUCUGCAAGCGCAGAAUAUCAUGAAGCCAUUAGUCAUCAUCGCGACGAUCGGCAACGUGGUGAACAUCGUAACUGGUUACGUGUUAACGUACCACACACCAAUGGGCUUUGAGGGCAUCGCGUUGUCAAGAUCUCUUGGAAAUAUUACGCUGCCAGUACUACUGAUUCCGUAUUUUUACUACCACCCAGAUCACUUAAAUCAGUGGUGGAGUGGUUGGGAUAUCAAGGAAGCAGUAGCGCAUGUGGGCCUCUUCUUGCGACUAGGAGUGCCUGGCUGCCUCAUGAUGACGAUGGAAUGGUUUGCGUUUGAGUUGCUGACUUUAUUGGCUGGAGUACUACCUAACGCCGUGGUAUCAAUGAGUGCUCACUCAGUACUGGUCAACAUUAACAGCAUUAUCUACAUGAUAUUUGCUGGUCUAGCAGUCGCAGUGAACAUCCGCGUGGGCAAUUGUCUCGGUGCUAAUUUACCCAAGCUGGCCAAGGCUUCGUGCACUGUGGCGCUGACUCUCACACUAGCGAUAUCAUUAUCGUUUAUUGCGUUUUUGUACGCAACACGCUGGACUCUUCCAAGUCUUCUUCUCAACGAUCAAGAGAGUAUUGUGCGAGCCGCGAAUGCAUUGGCAGUGUGGGCUCCGUUUGAGAUCCUUGACGGCCAAAAUACCGUACUGCAAGGUGUGUUUCGAGGUGCCGGGAAGCAAACCGUUGGUGCUACUAUUAAUGCAGUGGCGUACUAUAUUUUCGGUACUCCACUUGCUGCGCUGCUGGGCUUUUACUGGGGAUUCGGCGUCGAGGGUCUCUGGGUGGGUUUUGGACUGGGCAUCCUUGUGUCGGCUUCAUGUCUGUAUUUCCUGUUAUUCGAGCACUGGACGUGGGAGGAACUCGCAGAUGACGCACAGAAACGUACGGCAGCCUGAGAAUCGAGUGGGUCAUGGCUAUUAGACCUAGAGUGACAAACUCACUGUUGCUUAGUAUGCGUAAUAAUGACAGUUUAUCGCGCAGAUCCGGAUGACUUGCUGUCUAGAGCGAAUGUUUAUUAAUGAGAGAUGAGUAGAGAGACUUUCGUCGCUAUCUAAGCUGCCUCCUACAAACUCCUUCGAGAC